CCCAUCUGCUUGGUGCUGACUGCACUGCACAUACAUGGUGGAGACUGAGGCAGCAGCUUGCUUUGUGUCCAUCUCUCCAUCCCUGUCCUCCUUCUCCCCACCCCUUCUGCCCUGCCUGCAGCCCCCACAACACUUGUCUUUAUUUGGAGAUGCCGGAAAGCACAGCCAUCUCUCUGCUUCAUGACUGACACACACAGGGAUUGAACCGCAGCCUGUGUUUAUGUGCCUCCUCCAUCUCUCCUGCAUCUGUGCUAUUCCUUUGCCAUAGCUAAUACUGGCUUACAGCAGAUCUGCAUCAGCCCAGCCUUUAAAAAACAGGUGUGCAAGAUGGCAGAUGUACAAGGGUUAAUGGACAGGCUGGAGAAAGCUGUUAUUCGUCUUGAGACAGCCCUCGCUUCAUCCACUUUUUCCAAGUCUGCUGCAAAUGAUGUUGUAAAUGGAAUUGAUGGAGGUGUUGUUCCAUAUGUGGAAGCCUUUGAUGCCCUGCUGGCUGGGGCCUUGGAGCAGUAUCUUACAAACAGCAAGACCAUUGGUGGGGAUGUAGAGACACAUGCAAGUCUUGUGGAAAAUGCCUUUAAAGCAGAAAAAGGAUUUUUGGUUUACGCAUCCCAGCACCAGCAGCCCUCAGAGGAUGAGACAGUGUUGAUCUUAAAACCUGUAUCAGAAAGAAUACUUGAGAUCCAAACAUUCCGAGAGAAAAACCGAGGAAGCCAAAUGUUCAACCAUCUUUCUGCCGUGAGUGAAAGUAUCCUGGCACUUGGCUGGAUUGCUGUGACCCCUGCUCCAGGUCCCUAUGUAAAGGAGAUGGCCGAUGCUGCCGCGUUUUACACAAAUCGGGUGUUAAAAGACUACAAAAAUAUUGAUGUGCGCCAUGUUGAUUGGGUAAAAUCUUACCUGAAUAUUUGGAAUCAGCUUCAAGCAUACAUUAAGGAACAUCAUACAACAGGGACUUCAUGGGGUCAUGCACUAUCCUCAAAAGGAGAACCUCAGAACAAUAAUGCAACAUCAGGAUCAAGUCACCCUCCACCACCACCUCCGCCACCACCUCCAGGGCCUCCUCCGAGUAUAGAUAUUUUUAAUAAAUCCAAAGAUGACAUGUCCCAGGAUCGAUCUGCACUCUUUGACCAACUAAACCAAGGAGAAGACAUUACAAAAGGGCUUAAACAUGUUUCUGAAGACCAGAAGACCCACAAGAACCCUAAACUACGCGGGCAAGGGGUACCAGCCCGAUCCCCUACAAAUAGUUCCAGCUCUGGCUCUCCGAAGGCACCACCUCAGUCUUAUCCUCCCCUACUAGAGCUGGAGGGAAAGAAAUGGAGAGUGGAGUUCCAAGAAGGAGUGAACAACUUAGUGAUUUCUGACACUGAGUUGAAACAAGUGGUUUACAUUUACAAGUGCAAGAAAGCAACAUUACAAAUCAAAGGAAAAAUCAAUUCCAUAAUAAUAGAUAAUUGCACAAAACUUGGCCUAGUGUUUGAUGAUGUUGUCGGCAUUGUAGAAGUCAUUAACUCUAAAGAUGUGCAGAUACAGGUCAUAGGGAAAGUGCCAACAAUUUCAAUUAACAAGACAGACGGCUGCCAUGUUUACCUGAGUGAAAGUUCAAUAAACUGUGAGAUUGUAAGUGCCAAAUCAUCGGAAAUGAACAUCCUUGUCCCGGACCAUGGAGAUUAUAGAGAAUUUCCUGUUCCUGAACAGUUCAAGACAUCAUGGGAUGGCUCAAAGUUGGUCACUGAACCUGCAGAGAUGAUGGGCUAAUUUAAUACUCUCAUUUUGUAAAUGCAUCCGACCCAGUAGAUGUUUUUAAAGCUGCAUUACAAUUGAGGCAUGCUGCAUGCAGCCUUAGUGUGCAGUAUACAUAAAAAAAAAAAAAAUCAUAUAUUAAUCUAAUGAGCAUUUCCAUCUAAUCUUCCUGGAAGCAAUUUAUAGCGAAGUUGCUAAGAAAGUAAAUAAAUGUAUUAAUAACACCGAGCAGGCUGUUUUGCACUAGCAGUUUAAAUGUCAUCCUUAGUAUGUAAAGAAAUUCUUCCAGAACAAGCUGCAAUCAGCUGUUUAACUCAUUCUUUCAUUAUCAAAUUUUGCAGUUCUAGUUUCCUCUUUUUGUUGAAAAUAGAUAGAAAUGUAUUUCUAUUAUGACCAAGAUUUAAUGUACCGGUAUCUCAAAAUUGUUUUUGUAUGUAUGCUGAUCAGACUACCAUAGAUAGGCACUUGUAUAGAAGUCUGUCUACAUAAUCAAACGUCUCUUUAAAAUGCACUACCACCAUUGGAGUAUUGGAUAUUAUCACAAAAAAAAACACUUAUUUUGUGUGUGCCUGGCAUUAAAAUGGUUUUGCUUUUA